UGCUAAAAUUAUUGGACUCAUCUCUCUCUCUCUUUGUCAUACCAAGAGCCAGGGCUUCCUCACCGAAAAUUUGGAGUCGAAGGCAAAAUUCACCCUCAUGUUGUAGCCCACUUGCAUUCCUAUCUAUUCCCAUCCAUAAUAAGAGAACAGCGCUAGCGGCAGCAAAAGUGCAAAACAAAUGCAAGCAUUUCCUUCCAGUUGCCACGUGGCAGCAUGGGAAGCAGCUACAGCAAGGAGCAACUCGUUCUUAUAUUUAGAAGUUAGAAAGGACAAGGCUCUCGGGGAGAGGUGCUUCCAAAUUUCAUGUCAAGGUUCAUGUAGUAAACAGAUUCAGGUCUAAAGUUUGAACUACAAUGAAUAUAAGAUGGCCAAGGCUUCUAACACCCACACAGCUCUCACAAAUUAUAAAGAGCCAGAAAAACCCUUUAAAGGCUCUUCAAAUAUUUAGAGAGGCAAAAUGCAGAUACCCUGGUUAUCGUCACAAUGGGCCGGUCUAUAAUACAAUUAUCAGCAUCCUUGGAAACUCAGGCAGGAUAGCUGAGAUGAAGGAAGUGAUCUGCCAAAUGAGAGAUGACUCUUGUGAAUGUCGAGAUUCAGUUUUUGCUGGUGCCAUCCGAACUUAUUCAAAGGCCGGUCUUUUAGGUGAAGCCAUUGCACUAUUUAGAAGCCUUCCCCAAUUCAACUGUGUGAACUGGACAGAAUCUUUUAAUACACUUUUGGAGAUAAUGGUGAAAGAAUCUAAGUUAGAGACUGCUCAUCUCCUCUUCGUGGAGAAUUUUUCUAGCUGGGAAGUGAAGUCUAGGACCCAAUCUCUGAAUUUGCUUAUAAAUGCUUUGUGUCAGUUGAAUCGUUCUGAUCUUGCUCUAAAUGUUUUCCAAGAAAUGUAUUACCAAUGCUGCAAUCCUGACAGGGAAACUUAUAGGAUUCUCAUGAGGGGUCUCUGUCAAGAUGGGAGGCUCAAUGAAGCUACGCAUUUGCUGUACUCAAUGUUCUGGAGGAUAUCUCAAAGGGGUAGCAGCAGAGAUGUUGCUAUAUACAGAAUUCUCUUGGAUACUCUUUGUGAUAAUGGAGAGGUUGAGGAGGCAGUAAAUAUUCUUGGUAAAGUUUUAAGAAAGGGACUUAAGGCCCCAAAACGAUACCACAAGCAUCUGGAUCUUAGCGAAUGUUAUUCUGGUGGCAGAGCUGAUAUUACAAGCAUGAAGGUUUUGAUAAAUGAAGCUUUGAUUAGAGGUGGAGUUCCAAAUACAGAUGGUUACAUAACAAUGGCCAAUGACCUAUACUCUGAAGGAAAGAUUAAUGGAGGUGAUAAAGUACUAAGUGAAAUGCAGGACAGAGGCUUCAGACCAUCAUCACUGGUCUUUGAAGCUAAGGUCGCUGCAUUAUGUAGAGAUGGUAGAUUUGAUGAUGCAGUAGCAGUACUUGAAAGAGAAAUGGUGGAGAAAAAUUGCGUUCCAUCUGUGAAGCUAUACAAUGCUGUAAUAAAAGGUCUUUCUGAAGGACGAAAAUCUACGUUUGCCAUCAGGUACUUAGAGAGGAUGUCCAGGCAGAUUGGUUGUGGACCUGACCAUGAGACAUAUACUCUCUUAGUAGAUGGCCUUUGUAAUGAUGGUAAAUAUGUUGAAGCAAGUAAUAUAGUCGAGGAAAUGUCAAAUAACUCUUUUCGGCCCAGAAAUGAAACUUACAAUAAACUCAUCCAAGGUCUUUGUUUGACAGGAAGUUCUUAUAAUGCCAUCAUGUGGUUGGAGGAGUUAAUCAGUGAAGCAAAAAUACCAGAACUUUCUACAUGGAAUUCAUUGGUGUCUUCGAGUUCACUGGAUGCUACUUUGUGAAGCAAGGAGGGUUAAGUCAGUGUUCAGGGAGUGGAGGUUCACUUGCCUAGCCAAUUACAUGCCCAAUGGCUUUGCCAGUUGUUGAAGAACGUGCAAAAGCUGAGUGCUAGCCUCCAUGGUUCUAUUGGAUGUAUUUUUCUCAGUUGCUGCUGAUGCUUCUGUACAGAUGAUUAUCCCUGUCAACCUUGUUUAUAUGAGGUAAUCAUGAUUGGGUGAUUAAAAUUUGGUAUAAGACAGAUCUGAACCCAGAGGGAGAGUUUUUAGACUUUAUUGACUAUGUGGGGUUCAGUUUUGCCUCCCCUUUUCUUCUCCAGGUGCAUGGAUCAAUGUUAGACAUGCUAGCAUUUUUUGUUGUAUGUCUUCAAGAGAAUUAUAUAUCGUAACUGUCUCUGCCUUAAGAAGUUACUUUUCUAUCCAACCCCUUCAGUUUGAGUGAUUA